GUUUGUAAACGCAUGUUUUGGUGUAGUUAGCUGGUUUCCAUUUACUUUAAUUCACAUAGAGGAUUCGCCUUUUUUCUUCAUUCACUCUGGAGGCAUGCCAGAGAAAUAGUUUCCUUCACGGGACGCAAUGAGGUUAACAGCACUGCGCGUAUGUGGGAUCCUGCUGGCUUUCUCGACCCUGUCUUGGACCACAACAGACUCUGAUGAAGGAAACGUCCUGGGGGAUCAUGGAUUUGGGCCCUGCACUGCAACUUUGAGACCUGAAGGGCUGUGCAGACAUGGACAGGAUGAGAACACGUGUCCAUACCUAUUCAGUCUGCCGCCGCUGACUCUCCAUUUGCCAAACCAGCUCAGAGAGCUGGAGCAGAUCGUGAAGGAUUUGCAGAAGCUGAAGGACAACGUGGACCAACUGAGGAAGAUGUGUGCAGAUUGUACAGUAAGCCAAACUGAGAGAGAGUGUGGAAGGCAAAGAGAGAGACAGCAUGAAAAGCUGAAUGAGGGUACGGAUAGACAUGAGGAUGAGAGGAACUGGCUGAAUGAGAGAAAACCUGACAGGCCGAAAGAGUUCGGUCCACAGUGUGGGACAGACAGGGUUAAAGCAGAAAAGAUUACGGAGGGGGACGGUGACACUGAUUCAGAAAAAAGAACAAUUUUGGAAGAGAAAGACAGAAAGAAAUGGGAAGCAGAGAGAGGGAGCGAUAAAAGGGUCGUAAAUGAGAGGGAAGAAACCCUAAAAGAAAUGUCAGAAAAUUAUGGAAAAACUAAAACAGAAGGGGCAAAAGGAAAGGACAAAUUAGGGCAGGCAAAGGUGCAAACGGCUGGUGGUAAUGAGAGGACAGUGGAUAUUAUCAGCAAAAAUGUUGUUGAAAAGAAUAACAAGGAGACAGAGACAGACAGAAAUAAGGACAAAGAUGGAAAAGGGAAUUCAAAGCGAGAUCCAGAAGAUAAGUUGGAGAGUGGAAAAGAGAGGGAGAUUACGAGUAAUGUAAAAAAUAAGGAGAAGACAGAAGAAAGUGACCAUCACGUGAGGCGACAUGAAACAAAGGAAACAGGGAAAAAGACCCAAACUGAAGCAGACAGGGGCAGUGAUGGAAUAAAGAUGUCCGAGGACCAUGAUGAGCAUACAAAUAAGGAGCGAGAGCAGCAUGGGGAGGAGAGGAAAAAGGAAAUGGAAAAGGGAAUAAAAGUGGAGCGAAAUAAUGAGAAACCAAAACAGACUGAAAGCAUCGGGCGUGCAGAAAAAGAGACUAUAAAAGAGGGGGAGGAGGAGGACGGGGAGGCAGGAAGAGAGAUCAAAACAGAGGGAGAAAAAACGGUCCAGAGUGUGCAGAGGGACAGUGAUGGAGAAUUAGCAUCCAGCAAGGCAACUGAGAGGACAGACUUUGUUUCAAUCAGUCCGACUCCUCACCCCAUCAUUAGUUUAACUCCAGGGCACGACUCCAUGGACUCAAACGAAGCUACAACCUUUACAUCAUUUCUUCCAUCUCCUCCUUUGUCCAGCUCGACUUCACAUUUGGUCACAGAUGCCAAUCAAGGGAUGACAAUAGUUGAUGAUGGACUACCAACUCAAAGCACAGGCCUUGGAGCAGCUGGCAUUUCUGAACAGCCGCGCCCUGAUGGAAAGGAAGGCUUUAGGACCACAAGUACGCCAACAACAACAGCCACAAUAAACACGUUGGGUGGUCCUGGACAACAGAUUACCAGAGCCACUGAUGGGUUCACCUCUACAACCCGUGCAAGACCUGGGGCAGGCUUCCAGGGUCGAGUUAGCUCGACUAUGGCAACUAUAACUCCUCGUCAGAAUUUAUACACAACUACAUUUCCAGGAGUCGCAGACCGCGGCCGUUGGACAGCUAAAAAGAACAUCAGCUCAAACACUAAGACUGGCAUGAAACCUCCACCAGGCCGAGGACCAAAGCCUGGUGAAAAGCAUAAACCAGCAAUUAAGCCUGACGCAGACCAAAAACUAAAAAAUCCAAAGAAUGACCGUAAACCUGGCGGAGCCCCUUUGCCUGACAGAAAAACAAAACAUGACCAAAAGCAGAAGCCUUCCCACCAGAAACCCACAACUGAGCGAAAAUCUAAACCUGGCAAAGACCCUAAACGAGUCCAGGUCCCAAAACCUGACCAAAGACCUCGACCUGAUCAUUUAGAGACUGAUCAAAAUCUGAAAAACAAUAAAAUACCUAAACAUGACCAAGAACAUACAACUGAUCAAAGCCAGUUACCUGUGCAGAAGCCAAAAACUCAUCAAAAGGCUAUGCCUCCUGUUCACAGACCUGCACCUCAUCAAAGACCUCAAUCUGUAAAUGCAACUGGUUCUGGCAAAGACCCUCGAACUGACCGAGAGACUGAAUCUGUUGAAAAACCAAUUAUUACUAAACCCUCAAAACCUGGGAAAAAGCCAGAUCAUCCUCUGACAACUGACAAACUUGACCAAACGCAAAAACCUCACAAGAAGCCGAAAGUUGAAGAAAAGCCUAAACCUGAUCAAGGGUCUAGGAUAAACCAGUAUUUCACACCUGACCAAGAGCCUGAACCUGAAACAAGUGGACCAACUAGCUUCACUCCAAAAACUAACCAAAAGCCUAAACCUGAUCAAGGGUCUAGGAUAAACCAGUAUUUCACACCUGACCAAGAGCCUGAGCCUGAAACAAGUGAACCAACUAGCUUCACACCAAAAUCUAACCAAAAGCCUAAACCUGAUCAAGGGUCUGCGAUAAACCAGUAUUUCACACCUGACCAAGAGCCUGAACCUGAAACAAGUGAACCAACUAGCUUUGCACCAAAAUCUAACCAAAAGCUUAAACCUGAUCAAGGGUCUGGGAUAAACCAGUAUUUCACACCUGACCAAGAGCCUGAACCUGAAACAAGUGAACCAACUAGGUCCACACGAAAAUCUAACCAAAAGCCUAAACCUGAUCAAGGGUCUAGGAUAAACCAGUAUUUCACACCUGACCAAGAGCUUGAACCUGAAACAAGUGAACCAACUAGCUUUGCACCAAAAUCUAACCAAAAGCCUAAACCUGAUCAAGGGUCUAGGAUAAACCAGUAUUUCACACCUGACCAAGAGCUUGAACCUGAAACAAGUGAACCAACUAGCUUCACACCAAAAUCUAACCAAAAGCCUAGACCCGAUCAAGGGUCUACGAUAAACCAGUAUUUCACACCUGACCAAGAGUCUGAACCUGAAGCAAGUGGACCAACUAGCUUCACACCAAAAUCUAACCAAAAGCCUAGACCCGAUCAAGGGUCUACGAUAGACCAGUAUUUCACCCCUGACCAAGAGCCUGAACCUGGAACAAGUGAACCAACUACCUUCACACCAAAAUCUAACCAAAAGCCUAGACCUGAUCAAGGGUCUAGGAUAAACCAGUAUUUCACACCUGACCAAGAGCCUGAACCUGAAACAAGUGAACCAACUAGCUUCCCACCAAAAUCUAACCAAAAGCCUAAACCUGACCAAAAGCUUAAACCUGAUCAAAGGUCUACGAUAAACCAGUAUUACACACCUGACCAAGAGCCUGAACCUGAAACAAGUGAACCAAUUAGCUUCACACCAAAAUCUAACCAAAAGCCUAGACCCGAUCAAGGGUCUACGAUAGACCAGUAUUUCACACCUGACCAAGAGCCUGAACCUGAAACAAUAUUACACACCUGA